AUGCCUGGUCUGGCCAUGAAGCCCCACACGAUGACUUCCCUUCGCCCCGGCAGCAGUGGCGAGGCCGUCACUUUGGCGCCCGUGCUGCCGAAGCCGGGGCCGGCCCUUCCGGUGGCCGGUGCCGGCACGUGGGUGGGGACGGGGAUUUGUGAUUUACGCGCCUCCUUGGUGGCGCAGCAGAAACAGUUGGAUACGCUCGUCGACCGCGUGGCGGUGCUCUUAUCCUCCAUGCAUGCUGAGGUGCUGCAGGAUGUGAGGGCAGCUUGUGACAGCAAGGACUUCGAGCUCCGCUUGGCUGAGAUGCGGAAGGUGGGCGAGGUCUUGGAUCAGCGCUUGGCAGAGAUGCGGGCGGAAGCUGCCAAUGUGCCAGAUGGGCUGAGGCUGAUGCAAUCGGAGCUCAGACGCGUCGAGGAGAAGAUGGAAAUCUUUGAUGGCCGCAUGACACAGGACUUUGAGAAGUUGCAGGGCGUCGUCACCGAGAGCCUGAUGUCGGUGCACGACCGCUUCACCUCCGAGAUGGAAGGCGUGGUGGCUGAGCUGAAAAAGCUGGAGGGCCGCCUGGGCUCCGCAGAGACGGACUUGGGCCUCCUAGGAGAUGACGACCUGGAAGCCACCUGCAGGGAGACAAUCCAGCAGACUGCCAGUAGUUUGCGGAGCGAGUUCCAGACCUAUGUGGUGCCCUACUUCGAUCAGAAUGCCGCCCGGAUCACCGCCUUAGAAGACCGCCUCCAGCGGGAGCACACCGAGAUGUUGGCUGCGCUGCAUCAGACCGUGGCGGCCAGCGGAGUACAGGAGGGCGACCGAGCCUUGCAGAGAGAUUGGGCCAAGCGCACCAAAGAAGAUCUGAGGCAGCAGACGGAGGAGAUCACGGCGCUGAGGCGAGAGCUGAGUGCGAUGAAGUCAUGGCAGGCGGAGAUGAACGAGACGACUCGGCAGAUGAAGCUGGAGCAGGAGGAGUGCAUGCGCCUGAAAUCCCUGGAGGAGCGAGUGGCAUCCACGAGCACCCAGCUCAACCAGCUGGAGGAACGCCUGAGCGAGCAAAGCGAGACUGAGAAGCGACUCCAUGAACUAGAAGAGAUCUUGAGGAGCUUGGAGCCGUCAGAGGUCCAGCCAGAGCUCGGACACGUGGUGGAGCGAUGCGUGAGUACCUUGGAGGAGAAGUUGGACCUCGCAGUGAGUGACUUGAAGAGGCAGCUGGAAGCGCAGAUCAACGAUCCCAGCGCUCCUCGCGAGAUCGUGCAGAGGUGCGCUGCAGAGGUGAAGCGAGAGCUGGAGCAACGUCUUCUGGAGGUGAAUGCCAAGACUCAGCUCGCCUUGACGGAUCUGCGUGAGGAAGUGGAUGCGCGUGCUGCGCAGGUCCAACGGCAGGACGACUUGCGACGAGACUUGGAGCUCAAGAUCGAGAAGAGGCAAUCCUCCACCGAGAUGGCUGUGGAGGAGUUGAGUGCCCAACAGCAGAGCGAAAGCAGGAAGCACACGGAUGACAUCAAGCAGCUGAGCGCUGAUAUGGAGAUUCGAAUGGUAAAGGAGCAAAGUGCCAUGCAGCUGGUGACGAUGGAGCUGCGGACGGACCUGGAGCGAAGUGCCCAGGAGGCUGUGAACCUGUGCAGCGAGGUGUUGCGAGAAGAGCAACACCAGCUGGUGCGGGAGUUCCGCGAGGAGUUGGAACGGCGCCUCGCCAAAUGGACACCGCCACGUGCGACCUCGCAUGCUUCGCCCAUCCUCAUCGAGGGCUUUGACGAUGUGAAUGCGGUGCGGGAGGAGUUGCACGAGUUGCGGGAGCAGGUCGAGGAGUGGAAAGCACGGCAGAGCGAUGGCUCGCCACGUUUGCUCCAGAAGGAAGCUAGUAAGGAAGCUGAAGGUUUGCUCCGGACAGUCGAGGACACCGUCACUGAGAAGGUCCGGCGUUGCGACACGGCGGCCGCCCUCUGCGAGCGCCUCGCGCGGAGCAUGGCCUGGCAGGUGCUGCCGGAGGCGGGCAGUGGCAUGCCGGGUCAGGCCCAGGCCUAUGAGGGGUUGAUCCUCAAGCGCGAGGGCCCGUGGGCACUUGGAGAUGCCCGAGGCCGUUAUGCUUUUGAUGAAACCACCGGGUGGCUCACGACUCAAGGUAGCCACGUGGGGCGAUUCAUUUGCAAGAGGAUCCAAGCCACGCCUCUCCCUCUUCCGAAUGGCUCCGACCGCGGAGACGUUCGGAGCAUGGGACGGCGGUUGAUGCUACGGAGCGGAGAGCCUGCAAGCGAGAUGCAGAAGAAGGAGAACCACCGGGCCCUCUUUGUGGUGCCUUCGCUCCUCCAUGGAGCUGAGUACCUGUCAAGCACUCAAAUUGUUCGUCAGGUGCAAGAUUACAAGUAUCACGAGACGGUAGGCGCACGCGCACAGCUAGCAGCGCAUCCCGCAGCAGCGCAGUUCCUCUUGGACAACGCAGCAAAUGCUGAAAGGGACGGCGGUCUCAACAUGUUGGAAGAUCUUUUGAGCAAGUUGCCAGGCGUCCAGUUUGUGAAUGGCUACUUGCACCUCACGGAUCGCGGACCAAGGGCUGAGGCGGAGAUGCUGCAGAAAUUGGAGAAGGAGCUCCAUUCCUGGCGACCGCUGAUCAUGGAGGAUCUCUGCUCCAACCCACGGGAAGACCGAGCCGGCGACCACCAGGUGGGUGUGGUUUAUGCCUCCGUGGCCAUUCUGGGGCACCAUGAGCCCUCGGAGCCCUUCGUGCAGAAACUCGCAGAGCUGCUCCUCACUGUGCAGUACUAUGGGGCACUGAGAUAUGCAGCAGAGUCCCACCAGCGCAGAAAGGUCUUCUUGACACCCAUGGGGCUGGAGAUGUUCGAGGCCCCCUGGGAGACCAUUGGGAGGAGUAUGAUCAGAGCAGUGCAGAUGCUUCAGGAUGAUGCUUCGUCACUGGAGAUCAUCGUCCUGACACCUACGGACGGUUCGGGGGACCCAUUGGAGGAAGUCCUCCAUCCGCCAGCGACGCAAGCGAGGUCCCAGCGCCGCGAGCCCCGCGGGCCCUUCGCCGAGCGCGGGCCGACCCGCGGGCCCCGCAUGUCCGACGCGCUCCCCGUGCCGUCCGACUCCAGCGACGAGUUUCGCUGGAGCCCCAUCGAGGAGUCCAGCGAAAGCCGUAUCACGGUGCUCAUGCGCCGAGUGGACAUGCAGGCCACAGAGCUCCAAAGCCUGCGGCGGAAGAACGAGGAGCUGAGUGAAGCAAUGGACCAAUACAACCUCGAGCAGAAGGUCUCCAGGAGCCUGGCUGGUUUAGAGGAUUGA